AUGAACGCGCAACUCCUCAACCCGUUCACCAUCGAGAUCCCCGACUCGGUCUCCUCGACGCUCUCCACGGCCGAAUGCAGCACGCUCCUCUUCAACCACGGCCGCUCCACCCUUUCCGGCCAGUACCUCGCCGUCGGUCGUUCGGACGGCUACAUCACCGUCUGGGACAUCGAGACCCGAUCCGUGCUUCGGUUGCUCUCCGGUCACGUCCGUGCGGUGACAGGGUUGGCGUGGAGUACGUACAACCGGUACCUGGCGAGCUGUUCCAACGACUGGAAUGUCAUCGUUUGGGAUCUGAAGGCGAAGAGUGCGGGUGGAGCGGCGAUGAGAGAUCCACCAGGUGUGGGAAGGGAGGGGAUGAAUGGAGAUGGAACGAUGGAUGCAAGACUGCCAUUUGCAAGCGAGAGGAAGACGACGAUACGCUUCGACUGCGCCGUGUCGUCGGUCCAGUUCGCGCCGGAUAGCAGCAGACGGUUGCUCGUGGUGCUCGCGUCUCAGGAGGCGUUUCUGGUGGAUCUUCAGGAGCGAGUUCGAUUGCGACGUAGAAAGGGCGCGCAGGUCGAGGUGGAAGAUGUGCACUCCGCGCCCCGGCGUAUACCUCUGAUCGGUACCACAACAAAGCCUUCCUCGUCAGAAGAGGAAGCGGAAACCUCAACACCAGCCGGCAUCACAGCAGCCCGUUACACGCCCGACUCGCGCUUCGUUGUCGCCGGAACCUCCAAGGGCUCCCUUCUCAUCUUUGACGCCAUCUCAGGCGAGUUGCUGGACGAGCAAAAAGUCCUCUCGACCAGCUCAGGCGUCAAGGAGCUAUCCUUCGAUUCGGCCGGACGAUACCUCGUGGUCAACUGCAACGAUCGUGCACUACGUCUUCUCCACGUCUCUACCACCACUUCAACCACCUCGGAAGAGGGGCGGCCUGCAAAACGCUCUCGAACCUCCCUGAACCUGACACUCGUCCACAAGAUUCAAGACAUGAUCCAACGCACCGCCUGGAACAAUAUCGGCUUCAGCCCUUCAUCCGACUACAUCUUUGCCGGUGCUGCGCACAAGGCGUCUCAUAACGUCUAUGUUUGGGACCGAACCUCUUCUACUUUGUCGAAAAUCCUGGAAGGGCCGAAGGAUUGGAGUAUCGGCGUGGAUUGGCAUCCGAACAGACCGAUGCUCGCGAGUGCCAGCAACACAGGCGCGAUCUACGUGUGGUUUACCCCGAGCGAGGAGAUUUGGUCUGCGUACGCUCCAGGGUUUGAGGAGCUGGAGGAGAACGAGGAGUACGAGGAGCGCGAGGAUGAGUUUGAUUUUAUCGAUGGGAAGGAGGGGAGGGAUAGGAUGCGGAUGGUGGAGGAGGAGGCGGCGGAUGUGCGGGUGCGGGUGGAGGGGAGAAGCGUGCGGACAGGGGUGGAGAUGCGGGUGGUGGAGGAGCUGCUGGAGAUGGGGGUGGAGGAGAGAGAGGGGGCGGUGGGGAGAGCGCUGCAGAUGGUGGUGAGCAGGUUAGGGGAGCUGUGCCAGGAUUCGGGGUGGGUAGCAGCGACAGGGGCAGAGGGACAGGAGAGGAUGCUGGAGUUUGUGGUGUUGGACGACGACGAUAGCGAUACAUUCGUCAUUCCGCCUCGUCUCGAGAUCGACUAUUCCGACUUUCACGACGAUCACUUUUAG